AUGAUUAUUCCAACUGAAGUAGUGGGCUCGCUGCCUCGUCCCGUGUAUUUACAAAAGGCCUUUGCUGACUACGAUGCUGGACUCAUCACCCGCAAUGAUCUUGUGGCCGCCCAGGACAAGGCCGCGAAAGAUUCGGUUGAGAGAAUGGAGGCGGCCGGGGAGACUUAUGUAACUGACGGAGAGCAGCGCGCAAGUUCUUUCGCGACGUAUCCUAUUACUGAGACUCUCAAGGGCACUGGGCUUCCUGACAACUUUGCAGCGGAUGGCCAGUUGUUUGCCAAUUUUGCGGAUGGCCAUCAUCGCCAGCUUCCACGACUGGUCAAAGGGCCUUUCAAAUACGCGACAUAUGCGUUUCAAAAUCUCCAAAAGUCUAUACCCUACGCCUCGCAUCCUAUGAAGCAAGCUGUCAUUGCGCCGAGUAUGAUGUACCUCUUAUAUCCUCUUCAGGGAGACCUAGAAGGCUACUCUCGAGUAGAGUUUAUUAAAGAUCUGAUUGAUGAAUGCGAAAAAGACAUUCGAGGAUGUUUCGAAACAGGCGCCAAGAGAGUCUCGAUUGAUUUCACAGAAGGCCGCCUCGCUUUAAAAAACGACCCUAGAAAUCCUUGGACAAAUGCCGAGCUUCUCGAGAGAUUCAUCUUGCUAAUUAACCAGGUCCUUGACCGCUUCAACCCCGAAGAACGAAUCAACAUUGGCCUGCACACGUGUCCUGGCGGCGAUUGCGACUCUGUGCACUCACUAGACGUCGACUAUCACAAGCUACUGCCAUCACUGUUUCACAUUAAUGCCGGAUAUUUCUUGAUUCAGCUGUCUUCUGAGAAGGAUCGUGAGGAAAUAUAUAGAACGAUUGGACAGCAUAUCCGCAAAGAUGCCGGUGGUAUCAAACAGGUCGCUUUUAUUGGAGUCAUUAACACCCUCAAUCCAAGAGUUGAGACACCAGAGGAAAUUGCCGACCAUUUAAUACUUGCCAGCAAAUAUAUCCCGCCGGAUCAGCUCGGGGCAACAGACGAUUGUGGCUUCUCUCCAUUCUCCAUCGACCUCAAGCCAAGCCAUGGCAGUCCGGACUUUGCGAGGGAUAUCGCAUUUCAAAAGAUUGCAAAUCGCGUCCAAGGGGCUAAAUUAGCCAGUGAAACCAUUUCUGCCUAA